CCAAGGCCGACAUGUGUGCCUGUUCUCUGUAUUCCUUAUCCCAUCCAUAGAGAUGACAGAAAGAGCACACUUGCGAAUCGCCAUUAUCGGCGCUGGAAUUACCGGCCUUACGACAGCGAUAGCCCUUCGCAAACUCCCAAAUGUCGAUAUACAGAUAUAUGAACGGGCAACUGAACUCCGUGAACUGGGUCAAGUGAUAGCUCUAAAUCCCAAUGGACUACGUACACUUGACAAACUCGGCUUGGAUAGAGUGCUAUCCGGAGAACUUGGUUAUAAAUGUCCUAGUGGUAUACCACAGACAUUCAGACAUUGGAAAACGAAUGAAGCCUUGGGAAGUGAACAACACACGCCACAAGUCGAAGAACAACAUAAGAUGGCUAGAUACUUUCGUCCUGAAUUACAGGAAGCUUUACUCAGCUAUUUACCAAGGGAGAUCAUACACUUGGACAAGCGGGUCAUUGAUGUUCGUAUCACAGAUGAAGGUGUUGAUGUCGACUUCGCGGAUGUCACAACCAUACGUGCAGAUCUUCUCAUCGGCGCAGAUGGCAUUCGGUCCAGCGUCCGUGGAUUCUUCGCUCUUGAUUUUGAGCUUAAGUGGUCUGGUCUGAUCGCCUAUCGUUCUGCCUUUGAUGUCGCAUUACUCGACAACAUCAAAGACGUACCCGAAGACACUACUCAAUGGUGGUCAUCCAAAGACGGCAUUCUAACAACCCGCAUGGGCCCCCAAAAAUUCGGCAUCGUAGCCUUCCACUCCGUAAACCCCCAAACCUCCACCCACCUCCUCGGCAGAACCCACUGGGACGAAAAGACAUCCUCUUCCACCCUCGCAGAAAUGUACAAAGACUUUCACCCAAUAGUGCGAGACAUCAUUGCCGUCGCACCCACAGUGCGUACAUAUCCGAAUUUCUACGGCGGCUUCUUGGAUAGCUAUGGGUUUGGUGGUAGAGUUGUUCUGGUGGGAGAUGCUGCACAUUCGCAUGGUGGCGCUUUGGCGGCGAAUGCUUCGCUGGGGAUUGAUGAUGCGUACGCUCUGUAUCUCUGCCUUCUUGAGCAUGUUUCUGUGGAUGGAAGGUUGGAGUUGGGAGAUGAGCAGUUGGGAGAGGUGUUGAGUCUUUACGAUGCUGUAAGAAGACCGCAUUGUGAGAAAGUGCUGAGAAUGGUACAUGGCAUGUAUGAUGCUAACAACCAACGAUUGUGGGGUGGAGGGGAAGAAGAGACUGAUGAGGAGCUCGAGGAGAAGUUGAGGAAAAGGCCUUAUGCGGCUUGGAUCCAUGAGCACGAUGUGGAGGCCACUUUUAACGAGGUGAAGUCGGCGAGAAAGACCUCUGAGGAGUAGAAAUUAGAUUCCGGACACUUAUAUAAUAGAUAAACAGGCACAUUUCAUGCCAAUCUUGGCGGAGGUAGAUUUGUAGCUGCGUCUUGGUCUGCUGAAUAUAGCCAAUGACAUCGUCUUGAAAGACUUGCUCUUGUCGCCAGCU